AUGAAAUGUUGUUCACCACGUAUAGCACCCAUUGUGAAGGGUGAUAGGUUCUAUUUGGACCUAUGCCCAAAUAACGAUUUUGAGAGGAAACAAAUGCUUAAUAUUCUAUAUGCUUCCAUCGGUGGAAGCCUAAUGUACGCUCAGAUAUUAGAGAAUCCAGAUAUGGAACACUGGAAAGCUGCAAAUAAAGUAACUAGGUACUUUAAGGCAUUCGGUGGGAAAUUGCAGAGUGAAGUAGAGAUUCAAGCACCUGCUGCUAAGUUCUAUAAUUUUAAUAGAAAGCAACUUGAACAUCUUCCUAAUAUAUCCACACACAUAAAUGGAGCUAAAGGUGACUGGCAAAAUGUUGGUUUUGUCAAACAAUGGGAAUUUACAAUAGCCUGCAUCAGAUGGAGAAAAAAAAAAAGUGCUAAAGCAAAAAUUGAGAGUAUAGAUGAUGAGAAUAAGGCAAUCACAUAUAGCGUAUUUGAUGGGGAAGUGAGUAAGAAUUACAAGAGUUUGAAGGCAAUAAUACAAGUGAUUGAUAAAGAACAUGGUGGUGGUGGGAUUGUAAAAUUGACUUAUGAAUAUGAGAAGCAAAAGGAGGAUAUUACUGGUUUAUCCCCUCAAUCAAUAUUGGAAUUUGGUAUAAAGGUCACAAAAGAAAUUGAUGCGCAUCUUGUCAAGAAUUAAUAGCAAUUAGCAACAAGAGAAAUUCUUAAACAUAUAUAUUAAGUGUGUUUGGCAAUAACACAAUAGUGUUAUUGUUUACUCCCUCCGUCUUAAAAUAUAAUGUCUCAAAAUAUAAGGAAAAAUUCGUUAA